UCCAGCUCAGAGCUCUCCGAGGCUAUCAACUCCAUGUUCGCUUGGUACAGAAGCGCAGAUCACUGUUACGCAUACCUAUUUGACGUCCAAUCCAGCAUUGAGGAAGAACAAUUUGGCAGAAGUAGAUGGUUUACACGCGGUUGGACGCUACAGGAGCUACUAGCACCUAGAGACGUGGUUUUUUACAGCCAACAGUGGGAAAGACUAGGCCAAAAAUCAGUGCAUACAAAUCUGAUAUCCAAAAUCACGGAGAUAGACGCAGAGGCCUUGAUCAAGACAAGUACGCGACGCCGUGGAGGUCACAAUCCAUUUGGCUCAUAUUGUGUUGCUAAGAGAAUGUCAUGGGCCUCAAGAAGAGAAACAACACGUAUAGAAGAUUUGGCCUACUGUCUGCUGGGAGUUUUUGACAUCAACAUGCCGCUUCUAUAUGGAGAAGGCAGCCGGGCCUUUCAUCGACUCCAGGAAGAAAUAAUUCGAAGAAUCGACGACGACUCUAUCCUUGCCUGGGGACUAGAUCCGGAUGCCGCUUCUUAUACUAGCCAGAUCACCGUGGGAAUUCAGGAACUGCGGUAGCCUGAAGCGUCUUGCGUCAUCAAGAAUACCUUUUGCUCUGACGAACGCUGGUCUAACCAUUACGCUGCCAAUCCUCUCAUUGUCUCGCUCAGAUGAAGAUGGCGAAUCCACUGUUGAUAUUGGAGAGAUUGGAAUCCUUAGCUGUGCCGUGGGUAAUAGUUUACGCUUUGUGGGCAUUCUUCUCCGUACAAACAGAGAUACGGAUCGUUCCCGAAAGCGUUUUAGCCGGGUCAAAAUUUACUCCGCACCCCUUCUCAUUAACUCGUUCACUUUGGGCCCAAGAGAUGCUGUAAAUGCAGUGAGCUCCGCAAUUACCAUUGACAACCCUCACUGGACACCAAAGAUUGGCGAUCGGGGCCGAAUAUAUCAGCAGAUUGUUGUAAACAUAUCUGCAACUAUGCAAAAUACAGGCUACCGCGUCCAAGACGCGCAUUACUGGAGCACAGUGUGGCGUGGGGGAAGACAUGGUGAAAAUGAAGAGGGGUGGAAUCCCGA